UCCUUCCUGUUGUCACCAAUGAACUGUCAACACGGAUUAAUAAUAAGUAAAUAACUGUCAACACCGAUUAUUUACUUAUUAAUUAUUAUCAAUUAUUAUUCACUUAUUAAGGGGCCAAAGCGAAUGCGGAUAUUAUGUCUAUAUUGUGAUUAGUGAUUAUAUAUGCAACCUUAAUUAACGCCCUAAACUCUACUCAAUCACUGAUCACUACAAUAAAAUCAAUUAUUGUAAAGUGAAAUCAAGGAAUAUAGACGCUAAUAGAUUCCUUGAUGUAAGCUGUAAUCAGCACAUAAUGGAAGUAAAACAAGAAAUUACGGAAGAAAGGUAUGCAGUAGAGCAUAAAGACCUAGAUGAUGCUCUUUUGGAUGGCUUCAAAUGUGAAAUUAAGGAUGAAUGGAAUAACCAAAGUACACAUGAAGCAUAUGAUUAUUUAGACUUGAAGGAACCGGAAAUCAAGCUUAACCAAAUGGAGAUAAAACAAGAAAUUGGUGAUGAAAAGUAUAAAGCACUAGAAGAUUAUAAUGAAAUAGAGUUAAAUGACUUUAAAUGUGAAAUAAAGGAGGAAUCCAAUAGUCAAAUAGCAAAUGAUCCAUAUGAUUAUUUAGACUUAAAGGAAUAUCCUAUAAUUACUGAAGAAUUAGAACAUGGGAAUAAACUUAACACAUUUGAAGAAAACAAAAAAACUGAAAAAGAUUAUCUCCAAGAUAACAAAUUGGAAAUUUUGGAAGCAUUAGCAUCUCACGAAGGAAAUUAUAUGAAACCACAAUUCAUUCAAGGCAGUAAUUUAAUAGUGCACACUGAAGAAAAACAUUACAAGUGUGAAAUUUGUUUGAAGCAGUUUAGUUCAUCAAGUUAUUUGAAAGUACAUAUGAGAGUGCACACUGGGGAAAAACCAUAUGAAUGUAAAAUUUGUUUGAAGCAGUUUGCUGCAGCACGUAAUUUGAAACAACAUUUGACAGUGCACACUAGUGAAAAACCUUAUAAGUGUGAAAUUUGUUUUAAGCAGUUUAGGCAACUAAGUAAUUUGAAAAGACAUUUAAUAGUGCACACUGAAGAAAAACUUCACAAGUGUGAAAUUUGUUUGAAGCAGUUUGCUGCAGCACUUAAUUUGAAACAACAUUUGAGUAUGCACACUGGUGAAAGACCUUACAAGUGCAAAAUUUGUUUUAAGCAGUUUAGUAAAACAACUAAUCUGAAAACACAUUUGCUAGUGCACACUAAAGAAAAGGCUUAUAAGUGUGACAUUUGUUUUAGGCAGUUUUCUACAGCAGGUAAUUUGAAAAGACAUUUGGGAGUGCACACUGUAGAAAAACUUCACCAGUGUGAUAUUUGUUUUAAGCAAUUUACUCAAGCAAGUAAUUUGAAAAUACAUUUGAGAGUGCACACCAAAGAAAAACCUUACAAGUGUAAUAUUUGUUUUAAAGAGUUUACUACAGCAAGUUAUUUGAAUAUACAUUUGAGACUGCACACUGGAGAAAAAAAAUAUCAGUGUGAAAAUUGUUUUAAGCAGUUUAGCCAAAGAAGUGAUUUGACGAAACAUUUGAGAGUGCACACUCGGGAAAAACCUUACAAGUGUGAAAUAUGUUUUAAGCGGUUUAGCCAUUCACAGAAUUUAAAAACACAUUUGAGAGUACACACUGGGGAAUAACGUUAAAGUGUGAAAUUUGUUUUAAGGAGUAUAGUACAGCAGGUGAUUAUAAAAGACAUUUGACACUGGGGAAACCUUACAUGUGUGAAGCUUGUUUUAAGCAGUUUACUCCAGAGUGCAUACUGGAGACAACCUGGACAAGUAGAAAUUUGUUUUAUGCAAUUUGUUCGAAAAGGUUAUUUAACUAAACCAUGGAUGUAUAAAUAAAGAUGGACCGGGCUAUUUACAUCUUGGCUUGAAGUCACGAGAUUGUCACAGUCAUAGGCACAAAUCCUUAAUUUGACGUUGUCAUAUUAUUUUGUUUUCAAGUCAAUAUUUAAAAUAAUUUUUAAUAUAAUUUACUUUUAAUUUAUAAAUCAAAAUAUAUUACUUAGUUACUAGAAACCAUUUCUAAAUAUACUUAUUUCGCAACCAAGGAAUUAAAAGAAAAACAUUAAUUUUUUAAUUAUUAAAUGCAACUAUCUGAUAAUUUUAACUAUUUUUGAAACUUGGCACCAUUAGUAAUAUCAACCAAUCAUCGCGCUUUCAAGAAGAAGGAACAUGGCGUCGUGUUUGUUUACGUUUGUGUUGAUAAUUUCAUAAUUUCCUUAUUUGUGACAUUUAAGUGAAUUUGUUAGCGUAUUUUGACUUGGAAUUGAACAAUCGUAAUCGUUAAGUGUCCUAAUCAUGGUGCGUAACUGUGUUGUAUGCAGAAAAACUGCAUAUUUACAUCCAGAACUGUCAUUUCAUUGGUAAGUAUAUUAUCAAGUAUUGUAUUAUAAACAACAUCCAUUGGCGUAGCACAGGGAUAUAUUCCUUAAUCCUUGAAUUGAAAUAAAAUAAAUAAAACUUAAUUUUGUGAAAUAAAGUAGAUUUUGUAGUAUUAUAAAUACAUUUAUUCAUUUAUUUAUUUAUUUAUUCUAAUCUACAAUAUAAUUUCUAUAAAUAUAUUGAUUCGACGAAAUAUAAUAUGCAGGUUCCCAGUAAAGAAUCAAUAGCUGGAUAUGUGGUAUGACCGAAAGCGUUAUUAUCUAUAAUACCCGUAGUGCCUUCAACGUUUAAUGUCGGACUAAAUUAUUCUUUAUACGCAAAAAAUUUGAACGAAUUUUGAAUUCAUUAGUUUUCAAAUAAGUACAUUUACCAGCAAUAGUCCUAACGUAAUUGUGCUAACCAUAGUUUUACUUAGGUUGUUAUUUUUCAACUUAACAGUAUUUAACUAGUCAUUUAAAUUUUCACAAUAACGCCCUAUGGUAUUAUAUCAUACUUAACUGACUUCGAAAUCAUGUCAUUAUUUGUGAAAUAAUAUACCAGUCGGACAUUAAUAGUUCUUGUGUUUUCUUGUCGUUUAUUAAUAUUUUAAUAAUUAAUAUGGUUGACCAUUAUAACAAUUAUGCUGUGUUUUUAAACCGGGAGGAGUAAUUCAAAUUUACUGCGCCGUAAUGUUUAUUUAAAUUAGGUCCAAUCGCACGCAAGUUUACUCCACUGUUAUGAAGUUUUGACACUAUUUACAUUUAUGAAAUUUUAACACUAUUGGCAAUUUAUAGGUUAGUUAUAUUGGCGAUUUUUUGUGUUUUCUGCGUUACUCCUUUCCUUUUUAGAUUUUUAGUCGGCUUUUUUAAAAAUACAUAUUUAUCACAGCAGGCAAGUUUACUCCACUGUUAUGAAAUUUUGACACUAUUUACAUUUAUGAAAUUUUGACACUAUUGGCAUUUCAUAGGUUAAUUAAGUUAUACUGGCGAUUUUUUGUGUUUUCUGUGUUACUCCUUUAAUUUUUAGAUUUUCAGUCUGCUUUUUUAAAAGCACAUAUAAAAAACACAUUCAUAUUUGCCACAUCAGCUACCAGCUAUACUGUUUCUCUUUGUUCUUAAGAGUCUGAAACAAAGAUAUCUAUCUAUACUAUACAUGUCAAACUCGUAUUGUUCUAUAUAACGUUAUGUAAGAUUUUUGUUUAAUAUUAUAAAUACAUAUAUUAAUUUGUAAAUAUAUUGGUAUGAUUAUACACGGGCAAUGUAUAAAUAACCUGCGAUACGCUGAUGACCCGGGUAUUCUGCCAGAUAAUGCUGAAGCACUGCAACGCCUAAUGGACCGAGUAACGACAGCCUGUAGAUAAUUUAGAAUGAAAUUGAAUACAAAGAAGACAAAAACGAUUGUCAUCAGCAAGCAUCAAAACAGAAAGGUGAAGGUCAAUGUCGACGGAACACAUCUCGAUAGAGUGACAAGAAUAACUUACCUUGGAAGUAAUCUUGAUGAAACUUGGGACCACUCACUAGAAACAAGAACACUUCUGGAAAAGGCACGUACAGUGUUUUACAAAAUGCAAAAAGUUCUAUGCAACCGUCAGCUGUGUAUUUUAUUGAGAACCAGAGUACUUAAGUGCUAUGUUUUCUCCACCUUGAUCUAUGGUGUUGAAGCCUGGACAGUGACAGAAGCAAUACAACAAAUAGUCCAAGCAUUCGAACUCUGGUGUUACCGUAAAAUGCUCAGAAUAUCCCACGUAAGCCAAAAAUUACAAAAAAUACAUUAAUAUGCGAAUUUCUUUUGUAAGGGAAAUGUAAUAGCUCAUAAAAAUUGAUUAAAUGAAUUCGGUUUACAUUGGAAAAUAUUUUCUGGAUCUUAGAUGAGUUAGCACAUAUUUUAUUCCAAAUAAAAUAAAUUGAAAUUUCCAUAAAAAUCAGAUAUAUAAUAAAAAUCAAGGUCUAUGGGAAGGCAGAAAAUUUGUUUAGAAAAAAAAAAAUUAUAAUAUGCUAAGAAAUAACACUAAUAACUUUGUCACGCUAUUAGAUAUAACAUUUCUAACUUUUAUUUUUUCGAUGCACUGGAUGCACCCUAUUAUGUAUUAUUUUAGUUUAAAUAAAAUAUUGUAUAUAGUAAUUUGUGAUUUUGAAUACCCAUUCAUCUUUAUUCUUUUGUGUAAAACAAUGUUUGUAAAUAUAUUCUAUACAUUGAAAAUUAAAAUUAUUUAUUUUUCGUUGUUUCUCACCUCUUUCAAAUAUUUGUAUAUGUUUACGAUACUAAAAAUACCAAUAUUCAUCAUUUAUUCAAAUAAAAAAGUUGUUUCAAAUACCUUUCAAUUGUUGGAAGGUACGCCACUGACUAUGCGGAAAAGUGUCACAGUCUAUCGCCUCGUCUCUUUCUCCGCGCCUAUAAACUGUUCGGCUUCAAAUUUAGGCGAACAGAGAGUAGAGCAUGCCUAGUCCAUCUUUAUUUAUACGUCCAUGAACUAAACGCAUGAAAACUCGCACUGAAGAAACAGCAAACACAUUUAAAAGUGCACUUUGAAGAAAACCUUUGAAGCGUGUAAGGCUUCCGAUUCGGGGUUAAGGUCAUCAUCAUUGGUGACCGCUGACAGCCCAUGGAGGGCCAUGGUCGCUCGUUGGGGUUUCUAGGCUCCAAAGUUUUACAUGGUGUUGAGGCCAGCCACACGCAUAACUCCUCAAAAGUUCUAAACGAUAUUUCUCUAAAAUAUUACUUUCUUGUUCCUUUUUUGAAGAGGUCUUUUCGGCGUUAUGUGUUUUGCUUGCUUGACUAUAGUUGACCAUGUUUUUCUUUCCUUUGCUUGUUUUUCCCGUUAUCAUAUUCAUAGUCCUUUCAAAUCCUUGUUAAUGCCAUCAAUCCAUCUCUUUCUAGACCUACCUCUCGGUCUCCUCCCGUUUAAUUCUUUUCUAAGUACUUUUUUUGUAUUUCUCUUUUUUUGUAUUGUAUUCAUCCUUUCUACGUGUUCUAACCAACUUAGUCGUUUACUUCGUAUUUUUUUAUGAUAGUCGGCCUGUUAAACACUCUAUUUAUUUCGUAGUUCAUUCUUCUACACCAUUCUCCUGUAUAUGUCCAUAUAUUUUUCUUAAAAUUUUUCUUUCCCGUCUAAGAAGAUGUUCUCUUGUUUACUAGUCAAAGUCCAUGUUUCUGAUGCAUACAUUACUAUAGAUCUCUGUUGUGUAUACUUUUACUUUUGAAUUAAUAGCUAUUGAUUUUGAUUUUAUGAUAUUCUGUAGGCUGUAGAAGCAUUUGUUUCCAAGCAAAAUUCUUGCUGUUACCUCAUCACUGUUUUUAUUUCCUUCUGUAAUUGUUGAUCCUAAAUAUUUGAAAAGGUCUACUCUUUCAAAUAUUUGCUCUCUCAGAGAUAUGUUGCCUUUAGAUGUAAUUUUUUUCCGAGUUGUUAUCAUGUGCUUUGUCUUUGAGACAUUAACUUAGUCUGUGCCGCUUCUUUAAAAUAUGUAUAAAUUUUUUCUAGGUCUUUUAAUGUCCAGCUGAUUAUGUCUAUAUCAUCUGCGUAGGCAACGACUUGAUUGAGCUUUGUAAAUAUUGUACCAUACCUAUCUAUAAGAGUUUUCCUGAUUACUUGUUCCAACGCAAGAUUAAAAAGUGUUGUUGACAGCGCAUCGCCUUGUGUUCAUCGGACCUUCAUUAAUGUUAAAUUCAUCGGACAGUUGAUUUUGGAUCCUUACUUUACCACAGCUAUUUCUCAGUCGGAAUUAUUAUUUUUAAUUAGUUGGUUUGAUUUAGAUGAGCAUGAGACAUGACAGUUCAAAUAAAACACUAGAUAACUAUAGAGAAUAU